AUGGAGCUUCACGAGCAAUCGCAUCGAUUGAACGUUAUCAUAGGAGGGUCCCCUCCCUGCAAUGAGUCCGUCCGAUCGGUGAAAGAAUUUCGUCGGAAGGCAAUCACCGCCAAACGCUGGCCCGCCACCCCAAAGACUAGCCCCCAAAUUACUUUUUCAGCCGAAGAUACCGUGGGCAUCCAUAUGCCUCACAACGAUUCACUCCUCAUCGACAUCGGAAUCAGCGACUGCACUGUAACCAAAGUCUUGAUAGAUACUGGCAGUUCAGUCGAUCUCAUCUUCAAGAGCACGCUUGUCAAAAUGGGAGUGAGCCUCAACGAAAUGAAGCCUUCAGUGCGAACACUAACGGGAUUUAACGGAUCGUCCGAGACUAUGCUUGGAACUAUACGCCUGCGCGUAUACGCUGAAGGCGUUGCAAGAAAUGUCAAGUUCUCAGUCAUUGACGUUCGCGCUCCUUAUAACGCUAUCCUUGGCACGCCCUGGCUCCAUUCCAUGAAAGCCAUUCCUUCUACUUAUCACCAGUGCAUCAAAUUUCCCGGUAACGAUGGACGAAUUAUCACCCUUCGUGGCGAUCAAGCAGCGGCUCGUGACCUACUCGUCGUCGACGUGAAACAUCAGAAGGCGACUUCUCACGUUAACACAGUCGCAAAACCAAUCCAGAAGAUCUAUCCCUUGAGGGACGAAAUUCUCGAGAUAGUCAUCGACGAUACUGACAAAGCCAAAACCGUCCACAUUGGAGCCUACCUUCCCGACGAGAUGAAAGACAAGCUCAUCUCAUUUCUCAAAGAUAACGUCUCCACCUUUGCUUGGUCAACAGCCGACAUGAAAGGGAUCGACCAUACCAUCACGACGCACGAGCUCAACGUCGAUCCCACUUUCAAACCGAUUCGUCAAAAGCGGCGCAAACUCGGACCCGACCGAUCGAAAGCCGUUAAUGAGGAAGUCGAGCGAUUGUUAGGGGCAGGAUCGAUCACCGAAGUGAAAUAUCCCGAAUGGCUGGCAAAUCCAGUCGUCAAGAAAAAGAAUGGCAAAUGGAGGGUCUGCGUCGAUUUCACUGACCUGAACAAAGCUUGUCCGAAAGACAGCUUCCCUCUCCCUCACAUCGAUCGCCUCGUCGAAUCAACAUCUGGAAACGAGUUGUUGACAUUUAUGGAUGCGUUCUCUGGUUAUAACCAGAUAAUGAUGCAUCCAGAUGAUCGAGAGAAGACGGCCUUCAUCACUGACCGCGGUAUAUAUUGCUACAAGGUAAUGCCAUUCGGCCUGAAGAAUGCUGGUGCGACAUAUCAGCGUCUCGUCAACAGGAUGUUUGCCGAUCGUUUGGGAGUCACAAUGGAGGUCUACAUUGAUGACAUGUUGGUCAAAUCACCGAAGGCAGCCGAUCAUAUCGAUCACCUCAAAGACUGUUUCCUCAUCUUGAACGAGUACGGUAUGAAACUCAACCCAGCGAAGUGCACAUUCGGAGUCACGUCCGGCGAAUUCUUAGGUUACAUAGUCACUCAAAGGGGAAUCGAAGCAAACCCAAAGCAGAUAUCCGCCAUCCUUGAUAUCCCCAGUCCCAAGAACAGCCGUGAGGUGCAACGAUUGACCGGUCGCAUUGCAGCACUCAACCGGUUUAUCUCCCGAUCAACCGAUAAGUGCCUUCCGUUUUACGAUCUGCUGCGCGGCAACAAGAAAUUCAUCUGGGACGAGCGUUGUGAGGAAGCGUUCGAUCAGCUCAAACGCUAUCUCACAACACCACCGGUACUAGCAAAGCCAGAUAAAGGUGACACGCUAUACCUUUACAUCGCAGUAUCCAAUGCGGCCGUUAGUAGCGUACUCGUCAAAGAAGAUCGGGGGGAGCAACGACCGAUAUUCUAUAUCAGCCAACGCAUGACCGACGCCGAAACACGUUAUUCGACGCUCGAAAAAAUGGCAUUCGCUGUCAGAACUUCAGCACGCAAGUUGAGGCCAUACUUCCAGUCUCAUUCGAUCGUCGUCCUCACCAACUUCCCGCUACGAACCAUCAUGCAGAAUGCCAACCACUCUGGCAGACUCUCGAAGUGGGCUAUUGAACUCAGCGAAUACGAUGUUACGUUCCAAAACAGACCAGCCGCCAAAUCACAAGUUCUAGCCGAUUUCCUCAUCGAGUUAACACCUGAACUUGAGCAAGACCUCAAGCUACCGAGCGACGACUGGAUCUUGCAUGUCGACGGAUCGUCUUCCAUCAAAGGCUCCGGGGUUGGCGUCCAUCUCCAAUCUCCAACCGGAGAACUGCUUCGGCAAUCUUUCCGACUCGGCUUCAAAGCAUCCAACAAUGAAGCUGAGUACGAAGCUCAAAUCGCCGGUCUACGUUUAGCACGAGCUGUCCAAGCGAAACGCAUUCAUGCGUACUGUGACUCUCAGUUGGUCGCGAAUCAGUUUAGUGGCGACUACGACGCCAAGAACGAACGAAUGGACGCUUACCUCAAAGUCGUCCAAGACCUCACCAGGGAGUUCGAGUCUUUCAAACUUACGAGAAUUCCCCGUGGUGAAAACGUUUGCGCAGACGCGCUAGCAGCGCUCGGAAGCAGCCCAGCUGAUCAAGUCAAGCGGACUAUACCGAUCCAACACAUCGACAAACCAAGCAUCACAUUAUCUCAUGACGCGGACGAACAUGUAGCAGCGAUCGAUGCACCAACCGCCAUGGAUACCAGUGAGUCGAUCGAUCAACCUGAUGAUUCACCUCCUGACUGGCGAAUCCCAUUCAUUCGAUAUCUAUCCAACGGAGAGGUCCCGGAAAACAAGUGGGAAGCCCGCCGUUUGAAAGCUAAGUGUGCGAACUACGUUCUCAUUGACGGGCGGUUACAUCGAUGGACUUCCGCCAAAGUUCUUCUCACAUGUCUUAAUACAGAGGAGGCAGCAUUGGCGAUGGCAGAAACUCACGAAGGAGGAGCUGGAAACCAUUCAGGCGGCCGUUCUUUAGCUCUUAAAGUUAAGAAAGAUGGAUUCUACUUGCCGACAAUGAUCGCCGACUGCGACAAUUACGCACGUCGGUGUGAUAAGUGCCAACGACACGCAUCAGACAUACACUGUCCGACCGAACUGCUGCAAACCUCUACAGCUCCAUACCCGUUCAUGCGUUGGGCGAUGGAUCUUGUCGGACCGAUGCCAAGCUCCAGACAACGAAAAUACAUCCUAAUCAUGACGGAUUAUUUCACCAAGUGGGUAGAAGCGAAGGCGCUCGUCAACAUCACCGAUAAAGAAGUGCAAAACUUCGUGUGGAAGAACAUCAUCUUUCAUCUCAGGAGACUUUCGUGGCUUUUUGGAACGAUGGGGGAUUCGCUUGAACACAUCAACGCCCAGAAAUCCACAAAGCAACGGCCAAGCAGAAGCCACCAACAAGACGAUCAUCGCGGGAAUUAA